AUGAAAAUGUGCGAAGGAAUGUAUGACGAUGGUUUACAUGGCUAUAUGACCGAUCCUACAGCAGCAAUGUAUGAUCCACAUUCCGGACAUCGACCUGGCUUGCCAGGAAUACCACCACACCAUUCACCACAUAUGAAUCAUGCAGCGGCAGGAAUGCAUGGUUAUCAUGGAACACCUAGUCAUGUAUCUCAGACAACAAAUCAUAUGGGGGGUGCUGUUCAACCAGACAAACGUGAUAAAGAAGCCAUUUAUGGUCAUCCACUAUUUCCACUAUUGGCAUUAAUAUUUGAAAAAUGUGAGCUUGCUACAUGUACACCUCGAGAACCUGGCGUAGCAGGAGGCGACGUAUGUUCAUCAGAUUCAUUUAGUGAAGAUGUUGCAGUUUUUAGUAAACAGAUACGCCAAGAGAAACCUUAUUAUGUAGCUGAUCCUGAAGUUGAUUCACUUAUGGUACAAGCAAUUCAAGUACUUCGGUUUCAUCUUUUAGAACUGGAAAAGGUCCAUGAGUUAUGUGACAAUUUCUGUCAUCGUUAUAUUUCAUGUUUAAAGGGUAAAAUGCCAAUAGAUUUAGUAAUCGACGAACGGGACACCACCAAACCACCAGAACUCGGAAAUGCAAAUGGAGAAGGCCGAAGUAAUGCCGAUUCAACAUCACAUACAGAUGGAGCUAGCACACCAGACGUUAGACCGCCAAGUUCAUCACUUUCAUAUGGUGGUGCAAUGAACGACGAUGUAAGAUCUCCAGGCUCAGGGAGCACGCCCGGACCACUUUCAGCACAACCUCCACCUGGAUUAGGAGAAGAUCCUGGACGAUGGUGUCGAAGAGAAUGGUCAUCCCCUCCAGAUUCACGUGCCAAUGACCCGUCAAGGCGCGUUUUAUAUUCUUCAGUCUUCCUAGGUAGUCCUGGUGAUGCCAGCAAUGCAAGUGUGGGGUCAGGCGAAGGAACGGGUGAGGAGGAUGACGAUACAAAUGGAAAAAAGAAUCAAAAGAAACGUGGCAUAUUUCCAAAAGUGGCAACAAAUAUCCUUAGAGCGUGGCUCUUUCAACAUCUAACGCAUCCCUAUCCUUCAGAAGACCAGAAAAAACAAUUAGCACAAGAUACUGGUUUAACGAUAUUACAAGUAAAUAAUUGGUUUAUUAAUGCCAGACGGAGAAUCGUACAACCAAUGAUUGACCAAUCAAAUAGAGCAGUAUACACACACCCCGGACCAUCAGGUGGCUAUCCAGAUCCAAUGAGUUAUAUGAUGGAUGGCAAUCAAAUGAUGCACAGACCACCAGGUGAUCCUGCUUUCCAUCAAGGUUAUCACUAUCCACCUGCCGAAUAUUAUCCUCAUCACUUGUAAUUAAACGCAAAAAAUUAUGUAUCUUAAUUUUAAUCAUCAUCAUGAUCAUCACAUGAAAGAAAAAUUUCUUUUUUGAUUAAAUCGAUCAAUAAAGGAACGAAGAAAAAUGUGAAAAUGAAAAACAUUUUGUAACUUAUACAUCUCACCAACUACCCAGUGAUUGCCAUUCAUCUCAUAAGGAAUUUAUUUAGCAUUUUAGUUGUGUUAUAUCUUUUAAAGAAGAAUCAUUGUAAAAAGAAAAAAAAAGAAGAUUUUGGAUAAGAAAAAAAGAAGAAGAAGAAAUCAUGAAACCAUAUACUUGAUAACUUUUCUGGCAAAGCUUGUGUUAAGUUUUAAAUUAGUUAUUUAAAAAGGAAUUUUUGCACAAAAAAAAACUUGUUAAAAAAGAGUAAUAAGAGGAGUAAAAAAGUUGUGCUAAGGAAAAACCAAUGGUCGGACAGGCAGCUGAUGGCAUGGCAGUCAGACACCAGAGCUUAUAUAUGUAUUUAUAAUUAGCAAAUUACAAUUUACAAUUUAUAAAAAGAGAACAACAUUUUACAACAGCAUCAACAACAAUAACAACAGCAACGAUUCAUAAGAGCAUAUACGCACGCAGCACGAUACAAAAACCAAUUGAUUCAAAUGGAAAAUGAUUAUGAAAACAAAAAAAAAGUAAAAUAUAAAAAUAAAAUAAAAAACAUCGAAAAGCGCAAGCAAAACCAAGAGCGAAGAAAAUAAUUGGUUGAAAAAAUGUGAGUGAACUUGAACAAAUCGAGAUAACUGAGCUCUGCAAAUAAUAACCAGCGUGAUAGAACACAAAAUCAGUUUAAUUAUACACUUUUUUCUCUUUCACUCCCUCUCAAUAUCUCUAUCUUCUUCUCUCGCUCAUUCGACAUUAUAAUACAUGAUUUUAUUCCUCUUGUGUGCUAACAACAAUAAUUCGAAUAGUUUUAAUAUUAUACAUAUUAUACAUUCACAUAGUGUUACUGAUGAGCAAAGGAGAAAAGAAGAAGAAGAAGGAGCAAAACUUAAGUAAAUGUAAAAAGAGCAAAAUUGAUAUUAAUUAAAAAUCUAAAGAGAUAUGGUAGAAGAGAAGAAAGAGGGAAUGAAGGAGAUUAAUACGUGAUGAAUAUUUAAAGGAAUGCUUUCUUGUUGUAUUUAUAAAUUGCAGAAUUGAAUUGAUAUUGCAUAAGUCCGAUGACUAUCUCCAAAAGAAUAUUUUUGUCCAAAGAGUUCCCAAUAUUUUUUCGGUACAUCUUUGUUCAUUUAAUUGGUAUUAAAUUCGGAUUUAUGGAAUUAUCAUUCAAAAUUUUUAUAAUGAUUAGCUAUUAAGUUCACCAAGCUUCAGUUUUCUCAAGAAUAAUCAAUUUUUCAAAAUCUUUCUUGAGUUGAUUUCUCUAAAAUGGACUAGGACUUCAAGACCUAUUUAGACUAAGCAAUCUUUAGAAGAAGAUCCAUAGAAUUCAAUUUAAGCAUAUCUGGUCUACUUGCCAUUACGAACAAGUAUUGAAAGUUUUCUUGAAAUUGCCGCUGUUCAACUAAAAUCAACUUGUUCAGCUUAUAGUCAGGAUUCAUAAUAAAUUAAGAAAAUUAGAUCUCAAUAUUGACCAAUUUUAGAGAAGUCAACUCAAAAUUUCAACAUUUUUGUUCACAUAUAAUUUUAAAAUAAAUUCCAACUAAAAUGAGAUGAACAAAAGCUUAAAAAAAAUUACUAUGGUAAAUUUCAAAUGCCGGAGUAUACAAGGUAUGCUGCAGAAAGAAACUAAACUUUAAGAAUCGCAUUGGUUAUUGAGAAACAAAGUUAGUAAAAUGAAAAAUCACUUCUUUACCACAUACACAAACAAACACACACACAAAGAAUGAGAUAAAAAAAUACUUGUAAAAUAUUGUUAUCAAAGCUGCUAGGAAGAAAUGCAAAACAAAACUCUGUAAAAAUGAAAAUCCUUCCCGAAGAAUGAAUGAAAUUUAAAAAUAAAUGAAAAACACGAUGAUAAAAAA